AGGACACAAGAAGGGCCACUUAGGAAUGAGGGACGAGGAGCAGACUGGUGCAGAUCAUCCAGUGGGAGUGGUGGUUUCCAGUGAGGAGAACAUUGGGAAACCACCGUCAAAUGCCUGCCCCGUCCUUGUGGCAACACCAGGAUUCCGCAGGCGGAAACGGCACAAUGGCUCACCUGGCACGGACACUGCCGCCGCAGCCACAUCAAUUGAUAACAAGCCUGGAGACGACAUCCGGAUCGAUACUCCGACUGGACCAAAAAAACUCAAAAGGAGUCCUCCACAUCUGCCUUCCUCUGCAGGCCCGUGCCUUUCUCCGAUUCCUGGUCCAAGUCCUGGAGGUUUGUCACCUCUCGAGGACCCACAUGGCCAGCGCGUGAUCGCCAACAUCCGAGAGCGUCAACGGACGCAAUCCCUGAAUGAAGCCUUCGCCUCGUUGCGGAAAAUAAUCCCGACACUCCCUUCGGACAAACUCAGCAAGAUUCAGACGCUGAAGUUGGCGUCACGCUACAUCGACUUCCUGUACCAGGUUCUACAGAGCGACGAGACAGAUUCAAAGCUGAGUGGCUGUAACUACCUGGCCCACGAGAGACUAAGCUAUGCCUUCUCCGUUUGGAGGAUGGAGGGGGCCUGGUCCACCAUGUCUGCCAGCCACUAG